CGGGAAGGCACUUCUCCUUCGCCUAUACCGGAUUAAGUGGAUUAAGGAGCAUUGAAUUGACUGCUUGAAUUAGUGGAAUUGACACUUAACGGUGCAGCCAAUGCGUUUGAACAAGUAAACCUUAAGACUAAGUGGAUUUCGGUUAUCGCACUAGUAGUGGCUUACGCCUUUUCUAAAAUUUCGGCAUUAUUUCAUUCUAGGUUUUAUGUGUCCUACUGCGGAAAUCCAGCUUUUGUAUCUCUUUUGACUAUAUAGGUACUGAGCUAUUUUGGACUUAAUUUGGGUACUCUUAACACAAAUAAGCUUUUUCCUGUGUGAUUCGCGUUUACGGCUAACUUGCCAUUGCAUAAAAAAUGACCGAUAACAUUGCCAAUGAAGACCGGCGUUCUUCUGAAGAUGGUGAUGACAGGUUUUCGGACGCUUCGUAUUCUGACGACGAUGAUGAUAGCUACGUUGAUGAGGACGACGCCAUCGCUAUGUUUGAAGCAGAGCUGAGUUCUUCUCCAUCAAUUCAUGAAGAUGUGAUUGACUUUAACUAUGUUUACGCUAUACGAAGUUUUGAAGCUACUGUCGAAGGUCAAGUGAAUGCGAUCAAGGGCGAUGUAAUGGUUCUUCUUGAUGAUUCUAAUAGCUACUGGUGGCUUGUCAAGCUUAUUAAAGAUGAAUCCAUUGGUUACCUUCCCGCAGAGUAUGUUGAAACUCCUACGGAAAGACUUGCUCGGUUGAAUAAGUACAAAAAUACAGAACUGUUAGGGCCCGCGAAUAACGAGUUCGACACAGUGGUAGACAUACGAAAACGAGAACCACGCAGCAGCAAUCGUCACGUUGCAUUCUCGUGCCCUAGUAUUAAUAGCCGCGACAGUAGUCCCAGCUGGAAUGGUGACGACGAAAGUACUUCUAAACUUUCAGAUGGCGAAGAUGCUUACGAGCAAUUGGUGAAUCGUACGGUUGCUGAAAACGGAAUUUUGAUUGAGUUCUCAUAUAAGCAUUCUUCAGAUUCAGACGUGGAACGCGUGGCAGAAGAGGAGAAUACUAUUGAGGUGGAAGAAGCCCUUGCUGAACCUACUUCAGUCGUGAUUGAAGAAGGGAGCACCAACGAAACUGCUUCAUUUACCAAGUCUCUUGAAAACAGCAAAGAUGAAACUGACGAUGGUAAAGUACUCGAAAAAGACACAAACAUAUCUGACUCGCCGGACACUGUCUCUUCACGGGCAGAUGAAUUGCUUAUAGAUGAACGGCUAUCCUCCACGUCUUCCUCGACUCGUUCGGACGCUAGUGAUAGUAGUGAGGAGGUAGCAGAUAAUGUCGACGGUGACGCCGAAUGCAAUGCUACUCGUCCGCUCUAUGAGUCCUUUGAAGAAACUGACGAUAGCCUGCUCACGGCCAAAGAAGAUUCUCAACUUGAAGUUGAGAAUGAUACAAAAGGUGAUGCGGACUUUGCAGAUGCGAAAUCGGAAGAUGAGGCAACUACAAACGAAUAUUAUUCUGUACUUGAUACGGCUUCUGAAGACGAAUCAUCCACUAACGGACCGACUAUGCAUGAAUUACACGUUAUGCGUAAUCGAUUGGAACCUAUGCCUAGUGUUUCGUUGAAAACAAUGCAAAACGCAUCGUUUUCUUCGCUUCCUCUUGAAGGUCAAAUUCAUCAAGGAAUAUCGCUUGGUCAUUCAGCCGAUGAUGUUACGGUCAUGGAAACGGUUCGACCAAAAGCACCAUCUCCCUCUCCAUCCUCGCGACUAUCUCUUCGGACUCCGAGCCCUCAAAUCUUAUCCCGUCAACGUUCUCAUUCCCUUACCCGACAAUCGCUCAAUGGUAGUAGGUUAUCUCAGAUCACAGAUGACACCUUAGAAGCAACUGUUCCUCAGCAAGAGGAAGUUGUUUCAUCACCUGUACUCGCUGAGCAUGAUAUACCAAAUGAGCAUGACUAUCGUUUCUCUAAAGACGAAUCGACAAUUGAUAAUUACUUAUCCAGUCGCGAGUCUUUAGUUUCUUCCCCGUUGAGUCCUGAUGAACUGGAGCGGUACAAAACCCCUUUAGAUACUGAACCUGGCAAACGUAAUGUCAGUGAUCGUUUUGAGUUUGAUAAUAUAGCUGGCUCGACUCUAAGUAGGAGAUCCCAGAUUACCUCCGAAGUUAUUUCUGAAAAAGCAUUUAUUGCUGCUAUUCGACCGAGUUACAAUGUGAAUCCUUGGCCCGAGUUGGCAUCAACGCCUUCUGAAAGCACUAAACCCGUUCAAAUGAAUCAUACUUCAUCUGAGCCGUUUGAUGAUUCGUUAUCGACUUGUGCUAGUGAUCGGAACGCUAGUAAGGAUUCACUAACCUUAAUGGCUUCUGUUGCCGAUCUUGCAAAAGAAAAAUCCGCUUUCAGCAACCUGAGGAAUUUUAUUGCUGAUCCAACUUCUUUAGGUGAAUUGUACUGGACUGUGAAAUACGCAGGGAUCCGUGCUGUCCCACAGUCCGUUCAACCUGUUGAGCCUAAGCGCCUCAUGACUGAUCUAGAAAACAUGUACUCGGAGAUUCUUCAGAAUCUCUCGGCCGAACUUGGAACUGCUGUGAAAUCUUUAUGACUAAAAACAAUCGGUUCUGAAACUCAACAUAUUUUUGCCCCUAUUUAUGUUUCCACAUAAAGAAACUAUUUUGACUAUACAUACUUGGAGAGAAAAGGUCUUGUCUGUAAUAAUACAUCUCUUCCAUAUUUUUAGCUACUACAUAGUUUCAAUACACACUCAUUUUCGCUCUUUUUCUCUACCAAUUGGUUGCAAUAUUUCUGUUUGGAAUACCCAUAUGUUUCUGCAGACCGUAA